UAUAAGAAAAAAAAUUUGAGUCUUGAUUUUAAUCCCAGAUUUCUCUCUUUUUUUCUUAGAAUUCUCACAUUAUUGUCAGAAAUCUCAGAAAAAGGGAGAACAUCUUUUACAGCGGCCUUAUCCUCCUCUGUAGAAAUUAAAAUGAUAAAUUGUCUCUUUUCAAAAGGUCCUAACAGCUGCAGCUCUAAAAAUAUUUUAUUUUUGAUAGACUGAGGGGGGAAAUGACACUGGAUUGUAACGUUUGGAGAGCCCUGACCCAUGUUAGUUCAAAUACAGACAACCACAAUCCCUCCCGUCUCUUUCUGGAAUGCUCGGUUACAAUAACAGUUGGGAACCAUAGCAACAAUAAUCAGUUAAAACAGUAGUUUUGCCACUAAAAACGAUUUCAGCGUUUCAGCAGAAACAUAUUUUACUGCUAGUUUGAACAAUAGUUCUUUUCUGAAAAAGAGAAAAUGAAAUCUUCGAGAAAAGCUACAAAAUUGAGACAACCCAAGCCUAAAGAGCAUGGUGGAGAGCAAAAUGCAGCCGCAGCGCAGGUUGAGACAAACCAACAAGGACUUUCUUUGGAGAGGAAGAUCGAACUCGAGAAGCAGAGACGAUUUACCCUGAUCAACGAGGUCAACCGCUUAACGGCUGCAGUUAAAGAAAGACAGGACAAGCUAGAAGGUUUAAAGAAAGUGAAAGCCCUUCAGCACUCAGAGAAAAACACAGAAGAAACAGAGAAACAAUAUCAGGAAAUUCAUCAGCUGGAGAUCAGCCUGAAGAGGAUGAAAGAUAGGACGGAGGAGAAGAGAAAAGACAUCGCUGUUGCUAGAUCAGUUUCUGCAAACCUGAACUUGAAAAGUUCAGCUUUGGAUAAGGAGCUGAAGCAAAGGGAACGCCAGCUCGGACUGAUGGAACUGGAGAAAGCAAAAAAGCAGCGCUGCUUGGAUUUGGCUGCUGCCAAAAGCAAAGAGGUCCAGAUGAAAAACGAGGCUCUGGAACAGAGAAAGGAAAUGAGUGCUGAGAUGCAGAAGCUCCUCGCUCAUCAGAAGGAGGUCCAAACUGGUUUACAGGCCAUGAGACAGAGUGUCCUGAUCCCAGGGAAUAAUCUGGCAGAAGCUGAUGUCCAACUGCUAGAGAAUGGCUUGGAGGACACGACAGACUUUUUGGACUUCGGUGAAAUUAAGCAACUCACGGAAGCGUACCUCAUCAAUGAAGACAUCAGAGAGAAGCAAUACAUCCUGAAAAACCUGAAGCUUGACUACAUGAUCCUCCAGCACAGUGACAAAGCUAAGUGGCAAAGUUCCGACAAUGUCACGGAAGAGGGAAUGAUGGAGCUGAAUAAGGAAGUGCACCGUGUGGAAGACCUGAGGGCUGCUCUGAAGGAGCCCCAAGCUCUGUUGUCCGCUGCUGAGCAGAAGAUCGAUGCCGUGUGUCUUCGACUGAACUGCAUACCUUUAGAGGAAUUAUCAUCAAUGUCCAACAAGAAAAAAAUAAGGAGAAUCCGCAUCCAGCUCAACUCGCAGAAGACUGACAAGAGCAGCAAUCAGAAGAAGGUUUAUAACAUGGAAGAUGACUCGUCUGAGUCGAGUGAAGACGAGGGCUGGCUGACCCGCGAGGAAAUCAAAGAAAAGAGCAAGCGUCUGGUUGAAGCCCAGCAUACGACCAACACUUCAGGCAACAAGUGGGAGGAAGAUGCAGACCAUGUGAAAUAAAACAACACAGUUUGAAAUCAGAGGAGGAGAAAAGGAAGAUUUGCCAUUUUUUUCUGAGCCAUGGCACUCAUCCACCACCAGGCGGCAGCAGAAGCAAAGAUAUCUCACCAGUCUAGAGUUUUUUUUUUUCAUCUUCUGGUGGACUCAACACCUCAAGUUCAGUUAACUCCGAAAUUCUCUUCGUGUUUUUCUUAAUAACCAUAACUUUGCCGCGGAAACGUGACCAUUUCAUCCCCUCUGCACUUAGUUAUUGUUAGACUUCUUUAUUUGUUUUUGUUUUUUCGGUGACUUGAUCCUAAAAUAAAGUUGUGUUGACUCUUUCGGCUUGCAGGAAACAGACUGAUGAGCUGAAUUAAGCA